UAGUGUCACAGAAAUGGAUUGUCGAUUGCGUAAUAGUAUUGUUGUUGUGGAUAUUUUUAAAAUUUUGUAGGACUUUUAAAUUUGAAGAGAACAUAUAGUAUAUCUUGAAGUGACGUUUAUAUAUAAUUGAGUAUGAACAGCGCGUGGAUUGUUCGGCGUACGAUAAGCCAUAUAAAACCUCAAACUUCGAGGAAAACUGUCAAUAGCGCGAUAGCGGCUACAGUGUUUGGAUUUAGAAAAUUUUCGGCGGGAACUGUUUCCAACAUGAAAAUUGUACAGUUUUCAUAUAAAAACAAUCCAAAUGAAAUACGUGUUGGAUAUUUGGAUAAAGAUAAUGUGGUGGACUUAAAUAAAGCAAUCCCUGAUUUGCCGACAACUUUAUUAGAAAUUUUGAAGAAAGGAGAACUCGAUAAAGUUUUAAGUUCAUGCAAAUGUUCAAGCAGCCCAGUAAAGGAGCCCCUAUCAAAUGUUUUGCUCAAAGCCCCCAUAACGGGUAUGGAUAAGGUGCUAUGCAUCGGUCUGAAUUACAAAGACCAUUGUGAGGAACAAAAGCUAACUCCGCCAGAGGUGCCGAUGAUAUUCAGCAAGUUUGCAAGCACUGUCAUUGGCCCAUCAGAUGCUGUGAAACUGAGAACGGAUGUCACUGAUAAAGUCGACUGGGAGGUAGAACUAGCCUUGGUGAUAGGUAAAAAAGCGAGUAUGGUAAAGGCAGCAAAUGCGUUCGAUUACAUAUUGGGCUAUACAGUAGCUCAAGAUAUCAGCGCUCGGGACUGGCAAAAGGCUAGGAAUGGAGGCCAAUUCUUGCUUGGAAAGUCAAUGGACACCUUCUGUCCCAUCGGGCCAUGUAUCGCAACAGCUGAUGAGGUCAACGACCCCCAAAAGCUAGCUAUCAAAUGUUCCAUCAAUGGUGUGAUCAAACAAACCAGCCGAACUGACCAACUAGUCCAUAAGAUACCAGAUGUCAUUGAAAGACUAACAUCCGUAAUGACGUUAUAUCCAGGCGACAUUUUGCUAACGGGUACACCGGGAGGCGUGGGCAUGUACCGCUCGCCGCCCGAAUACUUAAAGCCCGGUGACGUCAUACACAGCGAGAUAGAAAACAUUGGAAUACUCGAGACUCGCAUCGAAAAGUUCUAGAAAUUUCGUGAACGUUCCGGAAUCUUGUGACGUCAUUGAAUGGUUAUUAAAUGUUCACUUUUUUGGAAAUAAUGUAUGUUGUACUUAUGCAAUGGUUUUAAGAAUUUUUAAUUAUUCGUAUUUAUUGACUGUUGGACCUGUAUACAUGUUUAAAUUAAUAUGUACUUUUUUUAUUACUAUGGUGGUAGGUAGUCCCGAUUGAUACAAUUUUACAUUGCAGUACGCAUAGUAUAACGCAAUAUAAAAUGUGUUCAGGAAUACAUAAAAUAUAAGCGAAAAGAUUUUUAUUUUUAUAUAGCUGUUAUAAAUAUAAUACUGUUUAUCAUAA